UGAAACUGUCAAGAUGCACAACCAAAACCAUGAUGCAAUAGUGGUUCAAAACAUGCCUCAUUUGAGACCAAGUGACUCUCUAAAGUGAUGUGGGGUCCUCAAGUUGAGUCCACACUCCCUCUGAUUGACUAAUUAUUGCAUCAUCACAACAAUCUAUUCCCACUUUUUUUAAACUCCCAAAAAAAUAACCAAAGACACAAUAGGGCAUGUGUACUAUACCAUAUAUGUAAUCUCUGUAGCCAUAUAAAUAAAGAAGAGCCAGUUUGGUGUGUUGGCUCAUCCUCUUCCCUCUACUUCUUCAUACUGUCUUUUAGUCUUCCCCCCUCUACCUUCCCAUGGAAUUGCGGGUGAUGUCACAGGAUUCCGAUGGUCAGAAAACCCAAUACUGGAUUAAAACCAAGAACCUCUCGUGCAAAUUAUGUCCGCGAUAUAGCGAGCUUGGUUGGGUUGGGUGGUGGUGGGAAGGGGCUACUGAUUCAAAUAGGUACAUUCUGAGGAAUGUCAACUGUGAAGCCAAUCCCGGGCAGAUCACGGCAAUCACGGGCCCGAGCGGAGCUGGCAAGACCACAUUGUUGGAUAUUCUGGCCGGAAUGGCCAUGUCAUGUAGAGUCUCUGGCCAUGUUCUUGUAAAUGACCAGCCAAUGAGUCGUGCGUACUUUCGUAGAGUCUCGGGUUACGUGACUCAAGAUGAAGCUCUCUUUCCGCUUCUGACUGUUGAAGAAACUCUCAUGUAUAGUGCGCGUCUAAGGCUGCAAGGUAGGCUUGACAAGGCUGCUGCGAGAGUGAGAGAGCUGUUAGAGGAACUCGAAUUAGAAAACAUCGCUGGCAUGAGAAUCGGGAGUGAAUCAAGGCGUGGCAUAUCGGGUGGUGAGAAGAGGAGGGUUUCAAUUGGUGCUGAUCUCGUUCAUGACCCUGAUGUUCUUCUGAUAGAUGAACCAACCUCAGGACUUGACUCAGCGUCGGCUCUUCACGUGGUUUUGCUGCUUAAAUCCAUGGCGAAGAAUCAAGGUAAGACAAUUGUACUAACAAUUCAUCAACCCGGGUUUCGAAUCCUUGAGUUGAUUGAUCAUGUUGUUCUGUUAUCCAAGGGCAUUGUUCACCACCAUGGAUCGUUGCAUCAACUGGAGGAGAGGCUUAAGCUUGCAGGCCAUUCCAUCCCUCGACAUGUCAACGUGCUUGAGUUUUCUAUUGAUGUCAUGGAAAGCCUGUUCAUAGAUAUCCAAGAAAAUAGUAACAACAUUGAAAUGAGUGAAAAUAAGAACACGCCCAACAUGGGCAAUUUAGAAGUAAAUCAUAUCUCCUACCCAAAUUCGCAAUUCAGCGAAGUAUUAAUACUGAGCCAGAGAUUCUGCAAAAACAUUUUCAGGACCAAACAAUUGUUUGCUGCAAGAACAAUACAAGCAUUCCUUGUAGGGAUUCUACUGGGGACGAUAUUCAUGAAUGUGAACAAUGAUCCGAAGAGGUUUAAGCUUCAAACUCAAAUCGGGUUCUUUGCUUUCAGUCUCACCUUCUUGUUGUCUUCGACAACAGAAGCCCUUCCAAUCUUCCUACAAGAGAGGAGAAUUUUAAUGAGAGAGACAUCAAGAGGAGUCUACAGAAUCUCUUCUUACGUUAUCUCAAACACCCUCGUCUUCAUUCCUUUCCUUCUAACCGUGGCUCUUCUCUACACAACCACGGUUUAUUGGCUAGUCGGAUUAAGAAGAGAUAUUGAUGGUUUCCUCUAUUUCUCUCUUGUGGUUUGCUUAGUUGUUUUGAUGUCAAACUCUUUUGUCGCAUGUUUUAGUGCACUGGUUCCAAAUUUCAUCAUGGGGGCUUCUUUGAUUGCGGGGGUUAUGGGAGCUUUUUUCCUCUUUUCUGGGUUCUUCAUAGCAAAAGAUGACAUACCGAAGUACUGGAUUUUUAUGUAUUACUUGAGUUUGUUCAAAUACCCAUUUGAGUGUUUAUUGAUAAACGAGUAUGGUGGAAAGAAGGGGCGAGGGAGAUGUGUGGAGAGUGUGCAAGGAGUAUGCAUGUUGGAUGGCAAUGGCUUCUUGAUGCAACAAGGUUUGAAAGAGUCUGAAAAAUGGAUGAAUUUAGUUGUGAUGUUGGUUUUUGUUAUCGGGUAUAGAAUACUUUGUUUUCUGAUUCUGUGGUACAGAUCUUGCAGAACCAAAAGCUAGAAGGAUGUGUUUGUUCUUUAUUAUUAUUUCAACAAUCUUCAAUCUACUUC